AUGACAACUGAGCAGAGUCGUGUUAGUAUACCUACUGUAACAGAUGGCCAAGAAUGGCCCUUUCCCUAUCGAAUCUACCUCAACUGCGUCACCUGGACUCUGCGCAAGCUUGUAUCAUUUCUGACCGGUCCAAAUGAAGGUCAUGACCGAGAAGUCAAGAUCAGUACCCCAGGUUUGGGAGCGGGCUAUGUUAUAUGCAAUGUAUGGCUACCCAAACCUACAGACGAUAUCCAAUCCAAGUAUCCACUGGUGUUAGUUCUAGAAGGCGGUGGUUUUGUCUUGGGACAUCCAAAGGACGGACGCCUAAAUAAUCGUCAAAUUGUUGAUCAGACCGGAGCAAUUGUCAUGUCGGUUGAUUACGCCAAAGCGCCCCGAUACCCUUACCCUCACGCUCUGCUGCAAGCUUAUGAAGCGCUGCGUUGGGCUCUUACAUCCUCAGCUGCCUGCGAAGGCAUCCAUGUUGAUCCUUCACGUGUGGCGAUUGGAGGAAACUCUGCGGGUGGAAAUUUAACAGCAGCAUUAUCUCUGUUACUGUCCUUUCGAAGCGGUCCUUGCUCUAUAUUUAGGGAACGUCUACCACUGGACUUCAAACAAGUCCUGCACUUCAUGUUUUAUCCCAGCCUUGAGCUUUGCUUACCGUACGAUCUAAGACUCUCCAGGUCUACGAUUGAUGCCCAGAAAUACAGCCUACCCGCUUGGAUGGCCAGAGCAAUGGAGCAGUCAUAUCUGCCGCCAAGAGUCUGCAAAGACGACAUCUUUAUAUCUCCCGUCGCUGCUGGAUUAGACCUGCUCCGUGAGCUGGAUAUUCCACCUGCUGUAAUGUUCACCGGUAGCCUCGAUUGCCUCAAAGAGGAAGGUUUCUGUUAUGCGCAGCAUCUCACGAAAAGCGGCAAGGAAGUCACUUUCCAUGAGUUCCAAGGUGUUACUCACGGAUUCUCAGUUAAACCGCAGGAUGGGAGCAUGGAGGCGCAGGUCAUGUACGAGGAAUGUUGGUCCAGAAUAUGUCACUGUCUUCGAGAGUCGUUCUCAUAG